AUGAAGCCGCUCACGCAGCCCGCGCCCUUGGGGCAGGCGCCUCCAAGGCAGCUGCUUCCCAGCCACCGCGUCGUGCAGUCGGGCCAAGUCCAUGCCACGCGCCCGGCUGCUUGGAGCACGACGGCACCAGGCAACGUGCGAACUGCGCAGGUUCGCACCGCGGCGCCGGCGCUCAGCGCUGCUCUGCCCGAGUGCUCGGAGGAGGAAGAGGAGGAAGAUGAGAUUCCCAGCGAGUUGGAUCCAGAGCCUGGCAAUGCAACCAACUUGGCAGCGCUGCUGCCCAUC